AACUGGCCAAUUACGAGAGGAAUGUGAAUAGAGCCAUUCACAAGUACAAUGCCUACAGGAAAGCAGCUUCUGUGAUAUCCAAGUAUCCAACCAAGAUAAAAAGUGGGGCUGAAGCAAAGAAACUAGAUGGUGUGGGAGCUAAAAUUGCUGAAAAGAUAGAUGAGUUUUUAUCUACUGGGAAACUACGCAAGCUGGAAAAGAUUCGACAAGAUGAUACCAGCUCUUCUAUCAAUUUCCUGACCAGAGUGACUGGCAUAGGUCCUGCUGCUGCCAGGAAAUUCGUGGAGGAAGGAAUUAAGACUCUAGAAGAUCUAAAGAAAAAUGAGCAUAAACUGAACCAUCAUCAGCGAAUUGGAUUGAAAUACUUUGAAGAUUUUGAGAAAAGAAUUCCUCGGGAAGAAAUGUUGGAGAUGCAGGAAAUUGUAUUACGUGAGGUAAAGGAAGUGGACCCCAGAUACAUUGCUACUGUGUGUGGCAGUUUCCGUCGAGGUGCAGAAUCCAGUGGGGACAUGGAUAUCCUCCUGACUCAUCCAGACUUCACGUCGGAGUCCUCCAAGCAGCCAAAGCUUUUGCAUCAAAUUGUGGAGCAGCUGGAAAAGAUCCACUUUGUGACUGACACGCUGUCCAAGGGGGACACCAAGUUCAUGGGAGUAUGUCGACUCCCCAGCAAAGAGGGGGAAACCGAUUACCCUUAUAGGAGAAUUGAUAUCCGGUUGAUUCCCAAGGACCAGUAUUACUGCGGAGUCCUGUACUUCACGGGAAGCGACAUCUUUAACAAGAACAUGCGGGCCCACGCCUUGGAGAUGGGCUUCACCCUCAACGAGUACACCAUCCGGCCUUUGGGUGUCACAGGGGUUGCUGGGGAGCCUCUCCCUGUCGACAGCGAGAAGGACAUCUUUGACUACAUCCAGUGGAAGUAUCGGGAGCCGAAAGAGCGGAGCGAGUAGCUGCCUGGCUCAGCCCAGGCCUUUUCUGGGACCGAGGUGUCGGCCACUUGGCCAGGGGUUGUAAUUUAUUGCCCUUGUGGAAAGUCUGGGGGAGGGAGCGAGCGAGCGAGCGAGAACUGUUUUUAAACACCUUCGGAAGCAAGUAUAAGCUGUGAUAAUUAAAGCACUCACUGGUGUGGGUUCGUAGGUGUUAAAAAAAACAGCUUUAAUAACGGCUAUGAUUUAUCUUUGUUUUAACAUGCCAUGUUACUGGGAAUCUGAAAUAAAUGUUGCAAAGAGGGGUCCAAGACCUUUUA